UGUUGGUUCGUCAUACUGCUGGUGGAGGAAAACUGUGAGUGAUGGGAUCAACGUGGCGAUGGGAUGGGAUGUCAUGGCGAAGACCUCUGGCUGUUGUCAUUACUCUACUACUGAUCCAAGCUCUGAUCAGUGUCAAAACCACCGCUGUUACUGGAAAAGCGGGUGAGACGUUUCACUUCAGAUGUGAAUAUCCAAAUGACUGCGAGAACAGUACCAAGUACCUUUGCUCUGUUCGUGGCAACAAUUGCACCCUUCUGAUACGGGCAGACAAGCACAAUGAGUGGGUGAAAGAAGGACGCUUCUCCCUGUACGACAACACCUCUACAGCCUUCUUUAUUGUUGGGGUGGAAGAACUCAGGUCGGACGACUCCGGGACAUACUGGUGUGGCGUUGACCGCCGUAAUCUCAGUGAUCAUCUCAGUGUCAUAGAACUGAAUGUCUCCAAAGGUACAGUACAUCAGUACAUCACCAACGUAUUGCCUGCCUCUACCACGGACCACACAGUAAACAGGUUCACGCUGCAGCUGUUCCUGACUGCCGCCUUGUGUGUAGUAGCACUCGUGUUUGUGUGUCUGUUUACAUUCUGCCUCCUGCUGGCUCUGAAACAGAAAAGCUGGAGCCCAAGUCGGAAAAAUCAGACAUCAUCUCAAUUCGAGGCAAUUGUGCCCGCCGGUGACAGGAAUGAAACGGACAGGAAUGAAACGGACCUCUGCUCCAUCUGUACGGAUCCAAACUGCCCUUAUAUUUCAGCUUUGCCCAUGCCACCAGCUGACCCUGACGUCAUCUCAAAGCACCGACAGUCCAUUCUCUCUCUGGGUUUCAGUGACUAUGCUGAUAUAGAUGUACCAAGUCGCAUCAGCCAGUAUCAACAUUUGAACAUCAGCGAGCAGGAAGACCAUGUCUAUGCCAGUCUCCAUGAAAACGGCAUUCCUAAACCUGAACAUACAGUAACGUCAAGAUGCAACACAUGUGUGUCUUGGAUUAAAACCAUAGAGAGCUGUGAAAUGAUACUGACCAAAGUGAUGAGGGUAUCAUCUAAAGUCCUCAUAUUCUUAAUGGCAGUUGCUGCCAGUUUAUCUACAGGAAAUGGGAGCCGAAAUCUCAACAAUAACUGCAGCAGCAGGCCAUUGAACCAGACUGCAUACGUCAAAAGCUCUGUUACCAUCAACUGCACAUAUCCAAAAGAAGAAGAGAGCAUGGUCAAACUCUUUUGCAGAAGAGAUGAAAAUUUUAAUUGCGACAAUAUAAUAUCAGCUUACAACUCAGACAUUGCAAAAAAGGCCAGGGUGUCUCUGAAAGUUGAUAAACACGGUGGAGUCUACACAGUAGUCAUUUCCCCACUGACUCAAGAGGAUGCUGGAAUAUACUGGUGUGCCUUGAAAACACCCAACAGUGGUUCAGUCACAUGUUUAAAUGAGCUGCACCUCCAUGUUUUGCGCUGGGAUGAGAUGGAACCGAUAGCACUGUCACAUGCUCCAAUGGAAACAGCAAAUAUCAGGUGUCCCUAUCCUAAACACCUCCAGGAUAGUGAAAAAUUCCUGUGCAAAGGAGAAAAUCCUUCAAACUGUGAUGUGUUAAUACGGACAAAAACAGAUAUAAAAUUUUUAGAGGAAGGCAGAUUUCGUCUCAGAGAAAACAAAAGGCUAAAUUAUUUCGAUGUGGACAUCACAGACCUGGAACAAGCUGACUUUGGGACGUACUGGUGCAUCUCUGGAGAAAGUAAUUACACCAGAAUACAACUGUCUGUAGCUGAAAGGAACAUCAAAACAAAAAAACUCCGCCCUCCAGCUACGCCUGAAAAACCAACAGAAGGAGAAAAAGAUAAUGACAAGAAAGGCACGACUGAUGAAAGCCCGACACAAAACCAGGAAACAACAACGCACAUUAAAGGAUAUCCAGUCAUAAUCGGUGGCAUUGUCAUGAGUAUGACAUUGCUUUUGCUGAUCUUGAUUGUUGUAAUGUACCGUCUGAAACGUCUCAUGACACAAGCACAUUGUGCUACAGGAGGAUCAUCAGCACAGACCUCCAAUGUUCUACAUAACACUGAAGGAAAUAACGAGGAACACGAAUACGAAGAGCUGGCGUUGCAGAACCAGCAACAAAGCACAGCGGUGACUAUGGUUUAUGCUACAGUCAGUCAUCCCUCAGACAUGCCCCACUAUGCCACCAUCAAUUUCGGAAAGGACAAAAAUAAAUUUUCUGAAGAAAGUGGCUCCCCUUCCUGUGACAGCAGUGCCCAUCCAGUGACCCGGCCUUCUGCAGAGACUACGAUCUACUGUACAGUCAAAAAUCCUGGGGAGCAGUAACAUUGUUAUUCUUAUGUGCUUCGUAGCAGCCAGAUAUUCAGAAUUUUCACUGUACUGUUUCACUGCAUACAUUUACAUUAGAUCAGAUGAGAUUAGAAAAUGUUGAUUGGCUUUAAAUGUAUGACAUUGUUCGGUCAGACGACAGAGUAAAUAAUGAACUUGGACGGAUUGUGCUUGGACGGUGUAUAAUUUUCAAGAUGAAAAUGCAAGCAAUGUUAAUGAAUAACUUCCUAUAAGCAAGAUGCAGGCCGGCAAGAUACAUUUUAAUUACAAAAACGGUGUGGUGAGCACAUAACUGACAGAAUUAAUGAACCUUGUCCUGGCUAUGAAUGUUGU